UAUCCCCACACAAUUUCUACAAAGCAAGAAACAUGGCAUCAGCAUCACCAACCCUCACCAAAAUAAUCUCUCACCCAUUUUUCUUCUUUCUCUUCUUCUUUUCAUGUUCUACUAUUCUAUCCUAUGCAACAAGAACUUCUCCAUCACCAUCAUCAUCCAUCAAUAGUAAUGAUCUUCAUCAUCUCUCUCGAGCAGAGAGGCUCAUAAGAAGCCUUAAUCUGUUUCCAACAAAGCCAGUUAACAUCAUAGGAGGAGGAGUAGGUGGUGAUGACGACGAUGUGUUCGUGCCUGGAAAGAUUGUUGAGAAGAACUUCUCAUUUUUUUCUCUUUCUGAUUCUGAUCAUCCUUCUAUUGAUGAUCUUGGUCACCACGCUGGAUAUUAUUCUCUUGUUCACACCAAAGCUGCAAGGAUGUUCUAUUUUUUCUUUGAAUCUCGGAACAAUAAUAAGGAUGACCCAGUUGUGAUAUGGUUGACUGGAGGACCAGGGUGUAGCAGUGAACUUGCAUUGUUCUAUGAAAAUGGUCCGUUCAUAAUUACUAGUAACAACCUCUCACUUCUAUGGAAUGAUUAUGGUUGGGACAAGGCAUCAAAUAUUCUAUUUGUUGACCAACCCACUGGGACAGGUUUUAGUUAUAGUUCUGAUGACUCUGACAUUCGCCAUGAUGAGAAUGGUGUUAGCAAUGAUUUGUACGAUUUCUUGCAGGCAUUUUUCAAAGAACACUCGGAGUUUGUGAAUAAUGACUUCUAUAUCACUGGAGAAUCAUAUGCAGGACAUUACAUUCCAGCUUUUGCAUCUCGAGUUCAUCAAGGAAACAAAAAUCAUGAAGGAAUUCAUAUAAAUUUAAAGGGUUUGGCUAUUGGUAAUGGAUUAACUAAUCCUGGAAUCCAAUACAGAGCAUACACUGAUUAUGCAUUAGACAAUAAAUUAAUUACAAAAGAUGAUCAUCAAGCUAUCAAUACGUUGGUCCCACCGUGUGAAAAAGCCAUUCGAACUUGCGCCAAGGAAGGUGAAAGAGCCUGUGUGUCAGCCAGGGGUAAAUGUGAAAGAAUAUUUGAUAGCAUCUUAUCAGUCACCGGAAAUAUUAACUACUAUGACAUCCGAAAAAAAUGCUAUGGGGAAAUGUGCUAUGAUUUUUCAGACAUGGAGAGAUUUUUUAGACAAAGAAAAGUGAGGGAAGCUUUAGGUGUUGGGAAUUUGGAGUUUGUUUCAUGUAGUAGGAGAGUGUAUGAUGCUAUGAAUGGGGAUUGGAUGAAGAAUUUGGAACUUGAUAUUCCAAAUCUUCUUGAAGAUGGUAUUAGAUUGCUUGUGUAUGCUGGUGAAAAAGAUCUCAUUUGCAAUUGGCUUGGGAAUUCAAGGUGGGUUCAUGCCAUGAAAUGGUCAGGUGAAGAACAAUUUAGAGCAUCUCCUACAAUCCAAUUUGUGGUCAACGGUUCAGAUGCCGGUUCACUAAAAAGCUAUGGCCCACUUGCUUUCCUUAAGGUAAAUGAAGCAGGGCACAUGGUGCCAAUGGAUCAACCAGAAGCUGCACUUGAAAUGAUCACAAGAUGGAUGAAAGGGACAUUAACUGUCACAUAAUUAAACAUAUAUUUUAUUUUUAUAUAAAUAAUAAUAAUCAUAUCAAUUUAUAAUAGGAAUAAGCUUGGAGUAGUAGAUAGUUACUUGGUUCGAGCCUUUUUAUUAUUUUUCACAUAGCGUUUGAGCAUUAUUUAAAUCAAGAAUGUGAACACAUAAUUGAAGUGUCAUGUCGCUUAUUUCUAUACUCAAUGUUUCUAUUUUUUAUUUUUUUAGCUAAGAGCUGGGAGAUAAUUUGACU